CAGCAGUUGCAGCAACAGCAGCGUGUGUGCGCGUGCAGAUUAAGGUUUAGGAAGAUUUCUCCUCAGAAAGGUUUUAACAGUGUUGUUUAGUUUGAGUUUAGAAUUUAAGUUACUCUGGAAUGGAUCCGUUUACCGAAAAACUGUUAGAGCGCACCCGAGCUCGCAGGGAGAAUCUUCAGAAGAAGAUGGCGGAGAGGCCCACGGCAGCCAAUCGACAAAUGACCAAGAGAUCCAGAGAGCCGCUUACAGAGACGAACAGUGUCAUCAGUCAGCCACCAGCUGAAAAAGAACUGCCCUCCUCCAAACCCUCUCCUUCUAAGCGCCGCUGCUCAGAGGAGAAUGCUCUUUGUAAGGGGGAAGAGAACAAGGAACCUCUUACUUUUCAGGUCACCGCUUCAGAGCCCACAACAGACAAGAAUCCCCCUAUAGCACCAAGCAGUAUUCACUCAGCUACAGUGGAAAGACUAGCUGUGAAAUCUAGCACAGACUCAGGCAAAGGGCUUGCACAUACUCUUUCAGACACUGAGAAAAGUGAGGCUUGUCCUUCACAGACCAUAACAGGAUGCACAGAUGAGAUGAAGCACUCUAUGACAGAGGAAAGCAGAGAAGUUCUCAAAGGCAUUGCUGCCAGUAACAUGAAAUCUCGUCUGCAGAGACUGGCAGAACAGAGGCACUACUGGGAUUCGGAGGGUAACAUUGAACCAGCUCUCAACAGUGCAGCUCUGUCCCCUGUUAAAUCUCAGAGGAUGGAGAUUGCUACUAAUCCAGCUCCAGCCAUCACAUCUGAGAAGCCAUUAGGCAAGAAGGGCAGACUGGCAGACCUCGCUGCGACAAUCAGUUCCUGGGAAGAUGACCGUGGGCAUCCGCCCACUUACAGAGACAAUGCACAAGGACAGACUGGCACCGCCUGUGUUCCUCCUACAGCACAUGUAGGAAUGAGCACUAGUGUCAAGCCUAUUUCUGUUGCACAGCAAGCUAAGACUGUCCAGCCAGUUGCCAGCAAGCCUGUCCACAGCACUCAGCAGCUGCCAGUUUAUUCCCCAGUCAAGUCAUCCAGAGUGAUCCCUCCAAGUCCACAGAAGACUGAGGUGCCUGAGGCAAAAUUGGCUAAAGGACACCUCUCCCCAGCAUCCAGCCCUGCCAAGAGCAUCUCUAGUCCUCACUCCACACCACUGGUAUCUGGAAGAGUCCUGUCCUCUUCCCAAAGCCCUCUGAAGGCCCCAUGCAAAGAACUAGGACCAGGAAGAGUGGUUAAUGCAAGUCCUGCAAAAACAAAUGUUCCCACCAGCUCUUCCUCCAGUGUAGUGCUCUCUCAGGCUGGUGGGAGGCUAACUAAGGAUACAACACCCCUACAGAAAAGUGGCCCAGUUGGGCCUGCAGGGGGUGUCAAGUCUUUUUUGGAGCGCUUUGGGGAAAGGUGUCAGGAACGUAAUCAGGGUUCUCCUCUUAACGGUGUUGGUGUGGCUCGUACACCUAUUGCUACACCACCAUCCACUCACAAAUCGAGAUUGUUUCAGGAGAGGCUUGCCGUAACACAGGGAGCUUCCAGUACUUCCCUUCUCACUCAGAAGCAGAAAAUGGAACGUGAGGUAGAAUUGGCACAGGUUCGGAGUCGAUUUCAGAACAGCAAUGUGUCAAAAAGCAGAGAGGAUCUCACAAAGGACACAAAUAACUCAAAAUCAAAGGAGGAAAAAGACACAACUAAAAUGUCUGAUCCAGUACUUAACGCUGAGCCGUCGGCAACAGUCCUGGAUACUCUCGGGAAAAAUCUCUGUGAAAAUGUAACAUCAAAUAUAAAGCCUGGCCUGUCAAGCCCAUUAAAGAAGGUGGAGGUUUCACUAGAAAAAGAAGAAAUGGAUAAGCAAAAGGAAAAAGAAACAGAGGAGGAGAUGCGUCAGAUUGAGAUGAAUGUAGAUAGCUCCAUUAACUCUGACGUCAUUAACCACCUUUUUGAAGAUGUUUUGGAAGAGAAUGAUGAGCAUGAUGCUGAAGAGGAUGAGGAGGAAGAUGCUCUAAACAUUUCCUCCAUGUCUCUCCUCACCCCACUGACAGAGACUGUGGCUGCUGUUGUCAAGAGCCCUGAGAGGAAAGUCAUGCAGACAUCAACCCCAGCCAGCUCAUUUAUUGAGAAAAAUGGGACACCUGAGCAUGUUUCCAGACCCACAAAAUUCCAGAGGACACGAAUGCUUCGUGCUGGCUCUUCUGACAGCAUUGAAGCUCUGGAAGAAGAGCACAAACUACCCUACAGCGUUGAUGCAUACAGAUCAAUCAGAAUGAAGGAGACUGAGAGACCUCAGGUGAAACAGGUGAUCGUGAGGAAAGAAGAUGUGUCUCAAAGAUUGGAAGAACCCUGUAAUGCCAGUCACAUUAGCAUUAAACAAAAGAUGCAGGGUUUGACUAAUGAGAUGAACAUGCAGCAGACAGUGAUCCAUCAAGCCAGUCAGGCAUUGAACUGCUGCACAGACGAGGAGCAUGGAAAGGGCUCUCAGGUGGAGGCUGAAGCUGAGCGGCUGCUGCUUAUAGCCACUGAGAGGAGGGUGGCUCUGAAAGCUGAACUGGAUCGGCUAAAGGCCGAGGGACCAGCAGUUCAGAAGAAAAGCUCUUCCAAAGCCCAAGAAGACAUGGGCGUGCCUGCCUCCAAGGGCUCCAUCACACUGCAAGAGCUACGAUUACCCCUUAAGGCUGACUUUGUCUGUUCUACCGCUAAUAGGCCUGAAUCUGGAAGCCAUUACUUCUUCGUGAUGAUCCGUGCUGGAGCUGAAAAUACAGUUGCUACUCCUCUGGCCAGCACCAACAGUGCACUGAGUGGGGACGCCUUGACCUUUUCCACCAAGUUCACUCUACCUGAUGUGUCCAGUGACUUUGAGAUUGAUAUUGAGGUUUACUAUCUUGUUCUGAAACGUGAGCCGUUUGUUGAUAAAAGAAAGAAGCAAGCUAAGUCCAAGGCAAUCACUCCCAAGAGAUUCCUUGCAAUCACUAAAAGCAAUCUCCAAACACCUGUAGUGGCCAGCCCUGGGGGCCCGAAUGCAGUGCGCUCCAGUAACUUUGCUCUUGUUGGAUCACACAAGUUAACCUUGGCUGCUAUUGGAAAAAACAAAUUUCCCCUGGAAAAGAUCAAAUUUGAAGUGUGUGAGAGCAGGCUUCUCAGUGACAUGUUUCAGAAUAAGGUGCCCUUUCUCUGUCCCUUGGAAGGCCAUAUCUACCUCAGAAUUCAGUGUGAGGUUGACUCUCAUGUGCAGGAAAGGGGCUUUUUGACCAUGUUUGAGGAUGUCAGUGGUUUUGGAGCCUGGCAUAGGAGAUGGUGUGUCCUCUCUGGGUAUUGCAUCUCCUACUGGACUUAUCCUGAUGAUGAAAAACGCAAGAAUCCUAUUGGUCGUAUCAACUUGGCAAGCUGUGUAAGUCAGAAAGUGGAGCCUGCUAACCGUGAGUUCUGUGCCCGGCCCAACACCUUUGAACUGAUUACAGUGAGACCACAACGGGAUGAUGACAAAGAAACUCUGGUCAGCCAGUGCAAGAACACCAUGUGUGUCACAAAGAAUUGGCUUAGUGCUGACACUAAAGAUGAGAGAAAUCUGUGGAUGCGGAAGCUCAAUCAAAUCCUAGUAGAUCUGCGCAUGUGGCAGCCAGACUCAUGUUACAGACCAGUGUGAACCUCACCGAGACAAAGAUCAUAGGUCCUAAUUCUACACACAAUAUCAAACCUUUUGCUGAGAAGUGCAAUACAAUAUCAGUUACAAAACGUUUACAGUGGCGUAUAUAGUUAAGCAAUUGUACAUUUGACCGACGUCAUGGACAUGGAAGAUUAAAUUUGAAUAAAGAAAUGCUCAAUAUUUAACAGAAUAAUACACUGCACAUUAUUUGUAAUAACUAGUGACUGUUUAUAAUAUCAAAAAGAAUACCAUGUGUUAUACCGGAAAAUUUAGGUUAAUUGGCUCUAGACUACAUAUAACGUAAAAUUUCUGCUUUACACUUUAUAUUUAAACCCGACUUUGCCUAACUAUCAGUGUAUGUACUGUACUAAAACAUGGAAUUUGUACCAGCUUCAGUUAUAGGGAAAUACUGUGUACACAGUUUAAACCACACACAAGCUUUUGCAUUAUCUUAUUUUAAGCAGUCUUCCAUAUAAAUCAUAAAACACAGUAGUGUAUUUAUGUAAAAUUAACACGAAUAUUUGAUGUAUGCAACAUUUUGAAAACUAUAGCUCUUGAUUUUAUGAAUACAGUUUCAGGCUUCGUGCCUACAUCUUCGAUAGAUUUUCAGUUUUGUGGUAUUUUAUUACCUUAGUAUACUUGUAAAUAUUGAGAGCACAUCAUUUUUAUUAUUCAGGAUUUUGCUUGAUUUGCUUUUAUUCAGGGAGAUUUUAUUAUAGUUGUAUAUGUUUUCUUUGUGGGUUGAACAAUGUCAAAGUACUUUAUAAACAUUUCAUGUAUGGACAGUCGAAUUUGGCUGGUUAACAAGGAUGAUAGACGGUGGAACUUUUUUUUUCCCCCGCCUUCCACAUUUUUUGAGCUUUUAUUUGUGUUCUUAGUUAACUUUACGAUGCUUUAUGAUAUAGAGUGCCAAGACUGUAUUCUGUGCUGUUGAAACUACUACUAAAGUAUACACUUUAAUGUCAGUAGCUGCUUUAACUGUUUUAUCAUGGAGUAGAUCAUUUCAGCUAAAAGAUCUAAAACAUACCAGUUUCACUUAAGUAUAGAGUUUGUUAUUGACACAAAGCAGACGAUGGCUUUUUUUUUUUUCUUUUUUUUUUUACUUUAUACUAGCACGUUUCUCUGUUUGGCUUAAAUGCACAUAAAUGGCUGGUUAAGAGCCUUAAUACAAUGUUGUGAUUUGCUGUGACACGUGGAAAGGUUUAUUAUAGCAGUUGUGUGUGCUUCUUGGUUUCCUGCCCUGUUUUAACACUCCAUAUGUAGUGUAAAGUAAUAUGCAGUGCUGACAUGCCAAUAAAAGCCAGCAGCUUUAACCAG